AUAAAUACCGGCGCCAAUGCCAGGUUCUUUCAUCACUCCGAAAGCCGAUUCUACAAGGUGUUGUGAGUCUCCAAGCAAGAUGAUCUGGCUUCUGUGUGUCCUUUCUCUGGUGUCUUACGCCAAUGCCCAAAGUUGUGGCGGAACUUUCAGCGGUGGCAGUGGCACGGCGGCCUCGCCCAACUACCCCAGCAACUACGGCAACGACUUGAACUGUGAGUACGUCUUUCCCCACACCGGCCAGCUCCUGCAGAUCGAGUUCACGGCCUUCCAUCUGGAGGCAGCCAGCUCCUGGACCGGAAGCUGCUACGAUGUCGUCACCGUGUACGAAGGGGGCAACAAUCUUGGAAGUUACUGCGGUAGUACCAGGCCGGCCACCCUCACCACCCGAUCCGAGGUUCGCAUCGUCUUCUCUACGGACUACAGUGUCACGGCGUCCGGGUUUUCCCUGACCUACAGCCGCGGAGGUGAAAUCAUCACAACCACCACGGUCCCCGUUCCCACCUACGCUCCUGGAUCAUGCGGAACGCCUGCCAUCCAGCCCCGCAGCUCAGAGAUGCUGAGGUACGACCAGGCUGAGGGCCGCAUCGUCAACGGAGACGACGCCACCCCUCACAGCUGGCCCUGGCAGGUGUCUCUGCAGACCUCCACAGGCUGGCACUACUGCGGCGGUUCUAUCGUGAACAACGAGUGGGUCGUCACUGCAGCUCACUGUGAUCCCUCCAUUUCCGGCGAUUACGUCAUCCUGGGAGAGCACAACAAGGGCGGCGGCACCGAGCCCAUCCAGAGCAAGCGCAUCUCCAAGAAGCUCUGCCACCAGCAGUACAACUCCAACACCAUCGACUACGACAUCUGCCUACUGAAGCUGGCCACCCCCGCCGAGUUCAACACCAACGUCCACCCGGUCUGUCUGGCGCAAGCCGGCGACGAUGCUUCCUUCCCCGCUGGAAUGAGCUGCUACACCUCAGGAUGGGGAAAGACCUCUGCCUCUUCCUCCACCACCCCCGACAUCCUGCAGCAGGCCAUGAUCCCCCUCAUCAGCACAUCGAGUUGCCAGUCUGCCUGGGGAAGUGUCAACACCAUCACUGACAGGAUGAUCUGCGCUGGAGCCGAUGGCGCUACUUCAUGCAUGGGUGACUCUGGCGGCCCGCUGGUGUGCCAGAAGGACGGCGCCUGGAACCUGGUGGGAGUUGUGUCCUGGGGAAGCUCCCAGUGCAGCACCUCCACCCCUGCCGUGUACGCACGCGUCACCAACCUCCGCCAGUGGCUGGAAAACACCAUGGCCAACAACUAAACUAGCGUCCAACGUCCGGUUCCCUCCCAACAACUUAGUAGUACACUAGUAUCUAAUAUGUCCUACCUGUAGCGAAUAGACGAAUCCUGGCCACCAAACGCUCAGCCAAUGAGAGAAUGGCAAUUAGCGGUUCGACCAAUGACAGAGUGGCUACAUCUCCGUCAAAUGUUUGCAUUUGCAUGUUUCGAUUCUGCAUUUCUACGUUAUGACGGAAUGGAACGUGGCUACGGGAAUGAUCUAUUGCAGAGUCUUUAGACCAAGUCUUCUUUUCGCUCAGGGACGGUAAAGUUGGAUAAAGGGGAACGUUGAAAAAUGAUUUCAUGCCAUUGACCAGGAGCAACUCUAUUAAAGAGAGAUCCUUGGUUUGGAUUUAAUAAAGUUCAUGAUACACAA